AUGGAGCCAAGGCUGGUGGGCCUUGAGGUGUCCUUUGUGCUUGGCAGAUGGGUGGCACUUGCUGCCUGGGGUCACUUGGCACUCCAUCCAACCAUCAACGUCACCUUCAGGCCUGGGCUUGGGGCCAUGCCCUCUCAGGCCCUGCCCACAGCCCUGAGGUGGGGCAGCUGGGCCGUGUGUGAUCCUGGGAGUGGGAUAGUUGGGGGUGGGAUGAGGGCAGGGAUGGUCAGGAAAGCUGAAGCACUCACAGAGGGUAGGUGGCCUUGCCAGAGGGAAGUCGGAUCGUUUGGAGGAAAAGCAUGUGCUGCAGGAAAUCUAAUCCCUGGUGUGGAUUGGGGGUGGGAGGCUUGGAGGGGGGAGUUGGUUCAUUCUAGAUAG